AUGGAUGUGUUGCUCUUUGCGGGCAUGAUGACAGCCGGACUGUACGUGGCCCGAAACUUCCUCAACCCUAUAUUAAGCAACCUAGCCGACCCGGACAAGGAGAAGCACGAGCAGGCGCGGCGCCAAGCCAAGGCACAUUUGGAACGACUGAACCGCCAGCGAAGCCUAGAACAAGAUGAAGACGAGGAGGUUGGCGGCUCAAGGAGAGGGCCGCGCGCCGAGGAGCUGGUUCUCAACGAGUAUGAGAACCUGAUCGCGUUGGAGAUGGUGGCGCCUCAGGACAUCCACGUCGGGUUUGACGAUAUUGGUGGGCUUGAGCCGAUCAUCGAGGAGCUCAAGGAGUCCGUUAUCUACCCGCUAACGAUGCCUCAUCUCUACUCACAUGCUGCGCCGCUGCUCUCAGCGCCGUCAGGAGUUCUCUUGUUCGGCCCCCCGGGAUGCGGCAAGACAAUGCUCGCCAAGGCCUUGGCUCACGAAAGCGGUGCCUCGUUCAUCAACCUGCACAUAUCGACCAUGACGGAGAAGUGGUACGGCGACUCCAACAAGAUUGUGCGUGCUGUGUUCUCGCUGGCUCGCAAGAUGCAGCCCGCCAUCAUCUUUAUUGACGAGAUCGAUGCGGUGCUGGGCACACGACGCAGCGGUGAGCAUGAAGCCAGCGGCAUGGUCAAGGCUGAGUUCAUGACCCUGUGGGACGGCCUCACGUCGGCGAACGCGUCGGGCCUGCCGGCGCAAAUCGUUGUUCUAGGUGCAACAAACCGUAUCCACGAUAUCGAUGAGGCCAUCCUCAGGCGCAUGCCCAAAAAGUUCCCGGUGCCACUGCCGGGCCAGGAGCAGCGGCGCCGGAUCCUGCAGCUUAUCCUGCAGGACACGAAGACAGACCCGGAGGAUUUCGAUGUCGACUACGUGGCCAAAAUCACGGCGGGCAUGUCGGGAAGCGACAUCAAGGAGGCGUGUCGGGACGCGGCCAUGGCACCCGUGCGGGAGUACAUGCGACAGCACCGUGCAGAAGGCCGGCGCAUGGCAGCCGUAGACGCGUCGCAGAUUCGUGGCGUCAGGACAGAUGACUUUUACGGCCGACGAAGUGGACAGCCACCGACUCGCGCACUAGGUGCGAAGAAGCCAUCACAGGCAAAGUCGAUGGGGAAGGGCUCGAGCGAUGAGUACGAAGACGUGGACGAGCCGGUUGCUGAGGAGCAGGACUAG